AUGGAAGGACACACCACCCCUAGACCUCACCCAUGCCCAAAGUGUGAUAGAGGAUUCUACUUCAAGAGUAAUCUGAAUAAACACAUGGAAAGACACACCACCCCUAGACCUCACCCAUGCCCAAAGUGUGAUAGAGGAUUCUACUUCAAGAGUAAUCUGAAUAAACACAUGGAAAGACACACCACCCCUAGACCUCACCCAUGCCCAAAGUGUGAUAGAGGAUUCUACUUCAAGAGUAAUCUGAAUAAGCACAUGGAAGGACACACCACCCCUAGACCUUACCCAUGCCCAAAGUGUGACAGAGGAUUCUACUUCAAGAGUAAUCUGAAUAAACACAUGGAAGGAGACACCACCCCUAGACCUCACCCAUGCCCAAAGUGUGAUAGAGGAUUCUACUUCAAGAGUAAUCUGAAUAAGCACAUGGAAGGACACACCACCCCUAGACCUCACCCAUGCCCAAAGUGUGAUAGAGGAUUCUACUUCAAGAGUAAUCUGAAUAAGCACAUGGAAGGACACACCACCCCUAGACCUCACCCAUGCCCAAAGUGUGACAGAGGAUUUUACUUCAAGAGUAAUUUGAAUAAGCACAUGGAAGGACACACCACCCCUAGACCUCACCCAUGCCCAAAGUGUGAUAGAGGAUUCUACUUCAAGAGUAAUCUGAAUAAGCACAUGGAAGGACACACCACCCCUAGACCUCACCCAUGCCCAAAGUGUGACAGAGGAUUCUACUUCAAGAGUAAUCUGAAUAAACACAUGGAAAGACACACCACCCCUAGACCUCACCCACGCCCAAAGUGUGAUAGAGGAUUCUACUUCAAGAGUAAUCUGAACAAACACAUGGAAGGACACACCACCCCUAGACCUCACCCACGCCCAAAGUGUGACAGAGGAUUCUACUUCAAGAGUAAUCUGAACAAGCACGUGGAAGGACACACCACUUCUAGACCUCACCCAUGCCCAAAGUGUGACAGAGGAUUCUACUUCAAGAGUAAUCUGAACAAGCACAUGGAAAGACACACCACCCCUAGACCUCACCCAUGCCCAAAGUGUGAUAGAGGAUUCUACUUCAAGAGUAAUCUGAAUAAACACAUGGAAAGACACACCACCCCUAGACCUCACCUAUGCCCAAAGUGUGAUAGAGGAUUCUACUUCAAGAGUAAUCUGAAUAAGCACAUGGAAGGACACACCACCCCUAGACCUCACCCAUGCCCAAAGUGUGACAGAGGAUUCUACUUCAAGAGUAAUCUGAACAAGCACAUGGAAAGACACACCACCCCUAGACCUCACCUAUGCCCAAAGUGUGACAGAGGAUUCUACUUCAAGAGUAAUCUGAACAGGCAUGUGCGAAAACACACCGCCCCAAAGCCCUUCCAGUGCUCUUUCUGUAAUAAGGGAUUCAAUUUCAAGCGAGAUCUGAGGAGUCAUACCAAGUCGACACACCCCGAGGAAGAUGAUCUUCAAUGUUCUGAGUGUUACGAGUCAUUUACUAACUCUACAUCCAUGUAUACCCACAUGAAAACACAUUUCGACGAGAGUUCUUAUGCGUGUCCCAAGUGUAUGAAGAAACAUCCCUCUAAAUUUGCCCUCUCUGUACACAUGAGUAAGCACGUUGGGAUCGCGCGUCAUAAAUGCAGGCAAUGCAAGACGAUACUGACUACCAGGCGCCAGCUUGUGCGUUGGGAGUAA